AUGGGUCGUAUGCACAAUCCCGGAAAGGGUAUUUCCCGAUCAACUUUGCCAUACCGUCGCUCUGUUCCCGGAUGGUUGAAGCUCAACUCUACCGAUGUUGAAGAGCACAUCGAACGUUUGGCUCGUAAAGGUCUUCGUCCAUCUCAAAUUGGUGUGAUCCUCAGGGAUUCUCAUGGUGUAGCUCAAGUACGCCGUGUAUCCGGAAACAAGAUUGUCAGAAUUCUGAAGAAGAAGGUAUGUUUUUUUUAUUUUUUGCUGUUUUACGUUAAGGAUAUUUGUUGCUGGAUUAGCGGUAUUCGACUUUAAAAUUGGCUUUUUUACUUUUCCAAUUGUUUUUAGCUAAUUUUUCUUGAGUAAUAUUAACAAAGGUUUACUUUUUUAUGUUAGCUUCAUUCUAUUUUUGCAGGGUAUGGCCCCAGAAAUCCCAGAGGAUUUGUACCACUUGAUCAAGAAGGCUGUCAACAUCCGCAAACAUUUAGAGCGUUGCCGCAAGGACGUUGACUCCAAAUACCGUCUCAUUUUGGUAGAGUCCCGUAUCCACCGUUUGGGCCGUUACUACAGAACCAAGAGACAACUUCCCCCAACCUGGAAAUACGAAUCCGCCACUGCUUCUGCUCUCGUCUCGUAA